AACUUUUACUCUUUGGUAGUCAAAUGGAUAAGUUGGUACAUAUUGCACUAUAAAUGCAAUGUUUCAGUUUCUUCAACAUGUGUCUCACUAAAACUAUGCAGUAAUCAGUGAACUUAAAAAGAAAAGAGAGAUAUGUAAAGUUUGCAAGAACAGCAAGGAGGCGAUAUUGCAGUAAUUCCUCGAUCAAUUGGUGGAGGAAGCAACCCCAUAGCUGCACUCAAUGUGGAGCCCGACACCCCUCAGAAUCCUCCUUUAAUAACAACAGUGACCCUAAUCAUGAUCAAGUUCCAUUUCUUUAUAUAUAUAGAGAGAGAGAGAGGAGAGAGAAAGAGGUUGUUUAUUUGGUUUGUGAUUGAUGUUUCUAUGGGAUUUUUUUUCAAAAACCUGGAUGGAGAAAUUUUUUGUCAUUUAUAGGCCCUGGUUUCCUUGUUUCAUUAGCUUAUUGUUGAAGUUGGCCAGCAUGCUGCCCUUGUUUCACCAGGAACAACCCGAACAAGUGAAGUUCCAGCAGAUCGAGCUACUGUUUCAUUUUGUUGAUUUUGAAUUAAUGUUUUGUAGCUUAGAUGAAAAUAGAACAAGUUGUACUUGAUGUUUUAGGUGCUGAUUAGUUGAAAAAUCAGCUUGUUCAUGAGUGCAAGUAAGGUUUUGUAAGUUACAAAGUAAUUAGUGGAGUUAGGUAGUGUUUUAGGUAUUCAUUUGUUUGUUGUGACCAGCUCAUGUCUUGUAUUUGUAUUGGCUUUAUGCCAUUACUGAUUUCAAUGAAAAUUCUUUGAAGAAUUAUUCAUCACAUACUCUCCAUCUUUUAUUUAGUUUUUCUUUUAAUUUUGUUCUUGACUUCUGUUUGUUUCUUUUGCAAGUCUCGAGCCUUGUUGCUCAAGUCACAGCAAAACUUGCUAGCAUAUUGUUCAAAACACCAACAUUUAUCUUGAUCCUGGAAACUAUAAGCCAUUGCCACUCUUUGUUCAUAAUCUGAUUGACGUCAUAUCACAGUGGAAAUUGAUUUACAAGCAGGAGCCAGCCAUGGAUAUGAGCUGCUGUGAGUGGUUUUGAUCGGAUUUUUCUUUGCUCUCAUAAUCCAAUCUCUUACUGCAAAUCUUGGAGUCAGCACUGGCAAACACUUAUCAGAAUUCUGUAAGGCUGAGUACCCAAGAAUGGUGAAAAAUUACUUAUGGAUACUAGCAGAGAUUGCUGUCAUAGCUGCUGAUAUACCUGAAGUGAUUGGUACAGCCUUUGGAUUGAAUAUACUGUUUAACAUCCCAGUAUGGGUUGGAGUUUUAUUGACAGGUUUAAGCACUCUUCUCCUCCAUGGCCUGCAGAGAUAUGGGGUGAGGAAGUUGGAAAUGCUGAUAGCGGUGCUGGUGUAUGUAAUGGCGGGAUGUUUCUUUAGGGAAAUGAGUAACGUAAAGCCACCAGCAUCAGGUGUGGUUAAAGGCAUGUUUGUUCCUAAACUUAAUGGCCAAGGAGCCACCAGCGAUGCCAUUGCCCUCUUGGGUGCCCUUGUUAUGCUAAUUAAUUAAGAGCUUUACUGAAAUGUGAUUCGAUGAAAUUUGAUCCUGCCCUUAUGAAGUUAGGUUUCGAAGAUUUUAUAAGAGUUUAUUAGUGGCUCACGUGAAGUACACAUGAAAAUUAGUGGCUCAUGUGAAAUGCACAUGAAAAUCUUCUAAGGAACCUUUCUAUGGGCAAUAUUUUCAAAAGAAAUUAUAUAACAAUAUAUGUAGGGGUGAACAAAACUUGAUUUAAUUUGGAAACAAAAUUGAAUUUUAAAUUAAUCGAAUAGAGUUAUUCGAGUCAACUCAAAUAACUAAUUCAAGUUUCAAGUUCAAGUCGGGUUGAAUUUUGCAAUUCGAAUAAUUUGAAUAGAACAUUGGUAUAAAUACUCUUUUGGUCCCUAUCAAUUUUGAAAAUGAACAAAUUGAUCUCUCUCUCAACAAAAAAUAUAAAACAAUUUAAAAUAUUUACAAAAAUUUUAAAAGUAAAGUAGAAAAUGAUUGAUGUUAUAAUGUUUAUCUUACGGCAUAACAAGGGCACCCAAGAGGGCAAUGGCGUUGUCGGUGGGUCCUUGGCCAUUAAGUUUAGGAACAAAAAUGCCUUUAACCACACCUGAUGCUGGUGGCUUUACGUAACUCAUUUCUCUAAAGAAACAUCCUGCCAUUAUAAACACUAGUACCGCUAUCAGCAUUUCCAGCUUCCUCAUCUUUUUAUUAUAUACGUCAUAUUCAACAAAACAAUACCAUUAGCAAAUAUUAACCUUCUCUGAUUUAAAAUUUACAUAUACAGACACAAAUUAAUUACCCCAUAUCUCUGCAGGCCAAGGAGGAGAAGAGUGCUUAAACCCGUCAAUAAAACUCCAACCCAUACUGGGAUGUUAAACAGUAUAUUCAAUCAAAGGUUAUACCAAUCACUGCCACAUAUAUAUAAAUGCAUCAUAUAUCUUGUUUUCAGAACUUGGUUUUUGAACUAUUUACUCAUGAUGUAAAUGAAGACUUAAAUAACAAGAAACCUUUAGGUAUAUCAACAGCUAUGACAACAAUCUCUGCUAGUAUCCAUAAGCAAUAUUUCACCAUUCUUGGGUACUCAACCUUACAUAACUCUGAUAAGUGUUUGCUUGAAAAGUUAAAUAAAGCCAAAUUAUAACAUCAGAAAUGGAGAUUUUGUUAAUUAUUAGUAUAAAAUAUGUAUAUAAUCAAUUACCAGUGCUAACUCUAAGAUUUGCAGCAAGAGAUUGGAUUAUGAGAGCAAAGACUAAUCCGAUCAAAACCAACUAUAGCAGCUAAAGAUUGCAAAGUUUUCAUGCUGUUACAUUUAAGAAUAUUAUAAAUAUAAAGACUUUAUCUUGAACUUAAUUAUUACCUCAUAUCCAUGCCUGGCUCCUGCUUGUAAAUCAAUUUCCACUGUGACAUGAUGUCAAUCAGAUUAUGAUCAAAUAAGAAAGCAUUAAAAUCAAAGGAGAAAGAGUGGCAAUGGCUUACAGUUUCCAGGAUCAAGAUAAGUGUUGGUGUUUUGAACAAUAUGCAAGAAAGUUUUGCAGUGAGUUGAGCAACAAGGCUCGAGACUUGCAGAAGAAACAAACAAAAUACAAGAACAAAAUUAAAAGCAAAAGUAAAGAAAAGAUGGAGAGUAUGUGAUGAAUAAUUCUUCAAGGAAUUUUCAUUGAAAUGAACAAUGGAAUAAAGCCAAUAUAAAUACCAGAGAUGAGCUAGUCACCACAAACAAAUGAAUACCUUAAACACUACCUAACUCCACUAACUACAUUGUAACUUACAAAACCCAACUUUCACUCAUGAACAAGAUGAUUUUUCAUCUAAUCAGCACCUAAAACAUCAAGUACAACUUGUUUUGUUUUCAACUAAGCUACAAAACAUUAAUUCAAAAUCAACAAAAUGACACAGUAGCUCGAUCUGCUCGAACUUCACUUGCUCGGGUUGUUCCUAGUGCAACAGGGGCAGCAUGCUGGCCAACUACAACAAUAAGCUAAUGAAACAAGGAAACUAGGGCCUAUAAAUGACAAAAAAUUUCUCCAUCUAGGUUUCUGAAAAAAAAAUCCCAUAGAAACAUCAAUCACAAACAAAAUAAAUAGCCUUUCUCUCUCUCUCUCUCUCUAUAUAUAUAUAUAUAUAUAAAGAAAUGGAACUUGAUCAUGAUUAGGGUCAUUGUUGUUAUUAAAGGAAGAUUCUAGGGGGGUGGUGCCAGGCUUCACAUUGAGCGCAGCUAUGGGGUUGCUUCCUCCCCCAAUUAAUCGAUGAAUUACUGCAACAUCUCUUCCUUGCUGUUCCUGCAAACUUUACGUAUCUCUCUGUUCUUUUUAAGUUCACUGAUUACUGUAUAGUUGCAGUGGGACACAUGUUGAAGAAACUGAAACACUGCAUUUAUAGUGCAAUAUGUACCAACUUAUCUAAUAUUUGACUACCAAAGAGUAAAAGUUGGUUGUUGAUUGUUUCAAUAAAUCUGCGACUCAUGUGUGGUAGACCUAUUCAAUAAA